GCUAACAUGAUUUGUUAUGAUCAUUUUGCUGCUCUUGGUUGAAUUGGUGACAGCAUUUAGGUAUGAAGGUGAUGAGAUUAAUGCAAGGUUGGCUAAUUCAGAAGCUGAUAUUAUUCAUGAUGCAAUCAAAGUCAAGGAAUUUAAUCAUGAAGAAGUCAUUAGGAUCCUGACCACCAGGAGCAAAGCACAGCUCACGGAAACUUUCAACCGCUACGGAGAUGACCAUGGCAGUUCCAUCACGAAGGCCUUACUAGAUGAGCCUGCUGAAGAGUUCAAAGCAGAUCUCCGGACUGCUAUUCGAUGUUAGAUUCUUUAUAGACUGUCACUAUAAUUUCGGUGACGAAAUAUCAAUGAACUAAUAAUACCUUGUAGCUUUCAGCUAUAGAUUUUGCGCAAUGCCAUCAGAAAGUUUGGAACUGAUGAGGAAGCACUGACUCGUGUGAUUGUCACGAGGGCAGAGAAGGACUUGAGUGAUAUCAAGGAACUAUAAUAAAAGAGAAACAGUGUGCCCCUUGAUCAGGCAGUUGCCAAGGACACUUCUGGGGAUUUCAAGGCUUUCCUCUUAUCUCUGCUAGGAAAGGAGGAUUAAAUUUCGUUCUUCUGUUAGGAUUUCCUAGUUUUCAGUCACAAUUCAAUAAUGAUUUGAGUAGAACUUUCUUUCAGUGAGACUUUGGUUUCUAUGGUCAUGAUUUUGAGUUCCUACCUGGUUUGGCAUUGUGUAAUCCUAUGUUAUGUUCUCUGCAAUCUGAGUGACUGAGCGAUGAAAGACUUCGGAAAAUACCUUCUGCUUUUCAAGCACUAUCUGCAGUUAAUUAAAACUACU